AUGACGGUAUUGAACUUGCAGAUGGUGAGGGAGAGAGAACAAAAAAGGUCGGAUAUCAAGAAUUUGGAAGAGAAAUGUGUCAAAUUAGAGGACAAAGUAUCGCCCAGUUUCCGCCAGGACCCCGCCUCAAGACGAGGAUAUGCUGUGCACAGACCAGAACCUAAGAACCCGAAGACCCAGGCACCCAGAUAA